GAGACGCCAUAAGGAUGCGCCCCGCGCGUGCAUCUGUUGUGAUUCAGCUGAAGAAAGUUAUUCUCUUCUUAAACAGGACAGAGAGACCAAACACACAGAAAAACUCCUGGUGAAGUGACCGAGAUCCAUGUGACACUAUUAUAAAGAUGGAGUUUAUUAAAGAGGAGAGUGAAGACAUGAAGAUGUUGUUUAUUAAAGAGGAGUUUGAAGACAUAAAGACAGCGUUUAUUAAAGAGGAGAGUGAAGAUUUGAAGAUUGAAGAAACAUUCAGAGUGAAACAAGAAGAAACUGAAGAACAAAAAGACCUGAUGGCACUGAAAGAGGAGACUGAGGUGAAUGAAAUGGAAGAGAAAGAUCAAUAUACGAAUCAUCAUGAUUUCAUAACUGAAGAAAAAUCUUUUAGUUGCUCACAGCCUGAAAAGACUUUAUCACAAAAAAGAGCUCAAAAGGCAGGGACUAGAAGUCACUUCAUCUGCCAACAGUGUGGAAAGAGAUUCAAAAGAAAAGGAAACCUUAAACUCCACAUGAGAGUUCACACUGGAAAGAGCCCUUUCAUCUGCCCUCAGUGUGGAAACAGAUACACUAAAAAAGGAAGUCUUAAAAAGCACAUGAGAACUCACAAUGGAGAGAAGCCUUUCACAUGCUCUGAGUGUGGAAAGACUUUUGAUCAACAAGGAAAACUUAAAUACCACAUGAGAAUUCAUACGGGAGAGAAACCCUACACAUGCUCUCAGUGUGGAAAGAGUUUCUAUCAAAUAGGACACUUAAAAGACCACAUAAGAAUUCACAGUGGAGAGAAGCCGUUUACCUGCAAACAAUGUGGGAGAAGUUUCAAUCAAAAAAGAAACCUAUGCAGGCACAUGAGAACUCACGCUAGAGAGAAGCUGUUUACAUACACUCAGGGUGGAAAGACUAUCGUUCAAGACAGGAACCUUAAAGUUCACAAGAGAGUUUACUCUGGAGAGAGACCUUUCAAGUGCCAACAGUGUGGAAACGGAUACACUCACAAAGGAAGCCUUAAUAGACACAUGAGAAUUCACAAUGGAGAGAGUCCUUUCACCUGCUCUCAGAGUGGAAAGACUUUUGACCAACAUGAAAAACUUCAAGUCCACAUGAAAAGUCAUAAUGGAGAGAAGCCCUACAUGUGCACUCAGUGUGGAAAGAGUUUCAAUCAGAAAGGACACCUUAAACUCCACUUGAGAAUUCACUCUGGAGAGAAACUAUAUAUGUGCCAUCAGUGUGGAAAGCGUUUCAAUCAGAUAGGACACUAUGAAGACCACAUAAGGAUUCACAGUGGAGAGAAGCCUUUCACUUGUGAACAAUGUGGGAAAAGUUUCAACCAAAAAAGAAAUCUAUGCAGACACAUGCGAACUCACGCUAGAGAGAAGCUUUAUACAUACCAUAAGUGUGGAAAGACUUUUGAUCAACAUGAAAAACUUAAAGUCCACAUGAGAAUUCACACUGGAGAGAAACCCUACCCUUGCCCUCAGUGUGGAAAGAGUUUCAAUCAAACAGAACACCUUAAACUCCACAUGAGAAUUCACUCUGGAGAGAAACCCUACACAUGCCCUCAGUGUGGAAAGAGUUUCAAUCAAACGGGACACUUUGAAGACCACAUAAGAAUUCACAGUGGAGAGAAGCCUUUCACCUGCCAACAAUGUGGAAAAAGUUUCAACCAAAAAAGAAACCUAUACAGGCACGUGAGAGCUCACACUGGAGAGAGCCUUUUCACCUGCCAACAGUGUGGAAAAAGAUUCACUCACAAAGGAAGCCUUACCAGACACAUGAGAACUCACAAUGGAGAGAAGCUAUUCACAUGCCCUCAGGUGAAGAGUUUGAAUCAAAAAGGACAACCUUAAAUUACACUUAAGAAAUCACUCUGGAGAGAAACCCUACAUAUGCUUUCCGUUUAAGUGUUGUCACUCUGUUUUCGAGGAUAUUUCGUGUGCGGUGCAAGAAACCCCCUUUAAGUAUGCGCGAUGUUCAUAAUUUGCGGGUGGGACAUGACCCCACCACUUUUUUGCCAGGGUUGAUAUUGUUCCCACCACUUUUUGAAACAUCUUGCGGCACAGAUGUGUUUAAUACAAAAGAAAACAUAUCUCUAGUUGAUUAGCAAUUCAAUCGUUUGUGUUAAAGAAGAGGCAUCUGACACUGGGGUGUGUUGUUUUUUAAAUCAUGUUGAGUGCUUGUUGCCGCUGUUAUCAGUGGCGCAACAUGGUUCUCUUUGCGCUCGUGCACACUGCACAGUCUUCACACGAACAAGCGCUUCAAUCAAACACUGUUGCAGAGGCUCUAUUAAUUCCGGUGAAAUCACAAAACAAAAUACACAUAAAUGUGUCCCUGCUCUUGAUAUACAAUCACUGAUGAACAUUUCUGGUUUUAAUAAGAAAAAAAUAAAAUACAUUAUACUAGGGCGGAUUAGAACCCAGAACCUCCGGAACGCUGAAUAAAACAUCCUCCACUAGUUCAUCAGGACAAUUUGACAUUAAAUGCAGAUCCACAUAUUAAUUGACUAAUGUAAAUAUUCUCAAGACUAACAAAAUACUGUAUUAUAGCAGAUGUAAGGAUAUAUUAAACAUGAGGUCAAUUUUGGCAAUGUUUCAGAUAGUAUGGCAAGUGUAAACACAUGAAUCGGAUAUGGGUCACAAUUAAAAGAACGUGUGAACGGACGGUCAAAAAAAAUCGGAUAUAGGCAACAAAUCAAAAUUGGGCAUCAAGACCUGGGGUGUAUUCCAGAAAGUGGGUUUAGUUGGAAACUCAGAGUUUGUUAACCCCAGAAAAGGGAAACUCGUGAUUUUCAGUUUCAACAAAACACAAAACUAAACCUCUGGGUAAGUUACCAUAGUAAGUUACUCUGUGAAUCUAACCUGGUCGGGAGCAGGUUUUCUUUGGUAAACCCAGGGUUUCUUUUGGUCUCCUCUCCCUUUUUAAAGCAUAAGUAAUGUUUAAAUACUUUAUUCAUUCAUUCACGCUGCAAAAAUGCUUUUCCUGAGUAUUUUUGUCUUAUUUCAAGUACAAAUAUCUAAAAAUUCUUAAAUCAAGAUGCAUUUUCUAUAUAAGAAACUAUAAGAUAUUUAGUCUUGUUCCCCCCUCCACACUCCCCGCUGGCCUCCACUCAUAUUGCACUUAACGUUCUGGGCCGGAGCACGCUUACGUCAACAUAUGAUGCAACUUCUUGUAUGGAAGAAAACAGGAAAAAAAAGCACUUUCGCUAAGAUACUGCCUAAUAGAUUUAUUAUUUAUACAACACAGCGAUUUUCACUUAUUAUUAGAGGAUCAUUACGAAGGCAGCUGACGUUAAUGGAGAAAUGGUGAGAUCAAAAAGGUGAGAACCAGACCCGUUAUAUACAAAUACACUAAAAUUAGUUAAAUUAAUUGAAAAGUGUACUAUCCAUGUAGUAAUAAAGAUGUUUGCCGUCGUAAUGAUAGCGCACACAAAAGUAGUAGCUGUUCCAUGCUCUAGCACGGUUAGUGCUCACACUGCAUGCAUACUGUGAAAAUUAACUACAUCCUGUCUCUCUAAGCAAUACAAAAAAUGCAAACAUAACACAAUGUUCCAUGAGCAUAAUAACAUAUUAAUAAAAAAUCAUUAAAAUAGUCAACGUGACUGCAGUGGUUCAACCUUAUUGUUAUGAAGUGAUAAGAUUACUUUUUGUGCGCUAAAACAAAAAUAACGACUUGAUUCAACCAUUUCUUCUCUUCCCUGUCAGUCUCCUACGCUGUUUAUGUUCAACAUUUCCUGGUUGUAUGUCAGAACGCCCACUCAUUGGCCGGCUCCUGCAUCAGCAUCACGUGUACAGCAUUGGCCAAUACUGAGCAAAACUUUUUUUCCUAAAUAUCCACAACACAAACUACAAAUUGUUUGUCUCUACAGCAACAGUAUUACUAUAGCAACCCCCCGGCCUCACACAUCAAGUUCACACAGGGCCUCAAACCCCCUUGUGACGGGCCUAUGCCUUUCUAAAUAUUUCGUUUUUUAUGGCAAUAAUUAAUUGCGACUUGAUGACAACAAAACUGCCAAGUGUCUGCUUUCAAAUGAGUCCACACUUAUGUUUGUUGUGUGGUCUUAUUUGUGCAAAAGCUUUAUGAACUGUAUCUGUUUUAGUUUUGGUCUGACAUUUCUUUCAAAAUAUAUAAGUUUCAAUACUGA